AAUAUAAUACGUUUAUGGUAAUAGGCUUAAUAAGCAAACAAGAUUUGAAAAAUCUAAUUCAUAUAUGGAUAAAUAUUAUUAGUUAAAAUAUGGAAAUUUCAUUAACGAAUGAAAACAAUAAUUGUAAAAAAAAUCCAAUUGUGUUUUUAGAUAUAGCAAUUGAAUCUGAAAAAGUUGGAAGAGUUGUGAUAGAACUUUUUAAGGAUGUUGUACCUCGAACAGCAGAAAAUUUUCGUGCAUUAUGUACUGGAGAAAAAGGUAUUGGAAUCAAUGGUAAAAAGUUACAUUAUAAAGGAUCAACAUUUCAUAAAGUAUUAUCACAGGUUAUGAUCCAAGGUGGAGAUAUAAUAAAUUUUAAUGGAACAAGCGGAGAAAGUAUAUAUGGAAUAAAAUUUGAGGACGAACAUUUUGGGCUCACUCAUUCAUCUGGAGGAUUACUAAGCAUGGUAAAUGAAGGUUAUCCAAAUAGCAAUAGUUCUCAGUUUAUAAUUACUAUUUCAGCCACUUCACAUUUGGAUAAUACCAAUGUAGUAUUUGGUAAAGUUUUAAAAGGAAUGGGUGUUGUAUUAGAAGUAUCUCAAAUUAGAACAAUUAAUGAUAUACCAAUUGAGAAAAUAUAUAUAAUUGAUUGUGGUGAAUUAAAAGGAGAUCAAAAUUGGGGUAUGGAAGAAAAUGAUGGUACAGAUGAUGUGUUUACUCCUUGGCCAGAAGAUUGGAAUUAUUCUAGACAUAUUAAACAACUUGAUUACAAAUAUAUGAUGGAAGUUAUUAAGAAGAUAAAAGAUUCAGGAAAUUAUUAUUUCUUACGAAAAAAUUAUGUAGAUGCAGGCAGAAAAUAUAAAAAAGCAUUACGAUAUUACAAAUGGAUGACAAAGACAAUAGAUGUAUCUAAUUCUAAUGAAUUAAUGAUGAAUAUUAAAGUGACACUAUUACUUAAUCUUGCUGCUGUUAAAUUGAAAGAAAAGGAUUAUCGUGAAACUUUAAAACUUUGUUCAAAGGUUUUACAAUUAGAGAAGAACAAUAGUAAAGCUUUAUUUAGGAGAAGUCAGGCACAUAUGGGACUAAAUGAAUAUGAUUUAGGUUUAGCAGAUUUAAAGCAAGCAUUAUUAGAAUCUCCUAAUAAUAAAGAUAUUUUAUUAGAGAUUGAUAAAGUUAAAAGAGUUAUGAAUUCAUACCUAGUAAUUGAAAAAGCUUCUUGUCAAAGAAUGUUUAAAUGAAAAUAUUUUUUAUUUAAUAUUUUAUAAAAUAAAAUUGUGUAAAUAUAUUUUUUAUCUAUAUUUUAAAUUAAAAAUAAAAGUGAAAUCAUUUUUAUAUAUUAAUGUUUUCUAAAAAAACAUUAAUAAAAUAAAAAAACAUUGUAAAAUAAUAGUAUUUUAGCUAAAAUUAUUAAAAAAAAUUUGUAUAUAAAAAAAUAUCUUAAAUAUCUAUAUUCAUUUUUAUUUUUUUUUUUUUUUUUGAUAAAUAUCAUUUAUUUUCAUUUAAGCAUUUUUAUUAUUCAAUAACAAUCUUCAUGUACAAUGUACAAGAAGAAACAAAAGCAUUAUAAUUGUUGAAAAUAUAUUGCUGUGAAUAUUAUUCUGUUAAAAAUAUAUUUUGUAUAUAUUUUGUUAAAAGUUGUUAAGUAUAAAAGGAACAUGUGAAGCAUGCUUAUAUCAUUAAAUAUCCAUUUUGUAUAGUAUAUUGUUGUUAUAAAAAUUUAAUUAUAUUUGAAUAAUUAUUUUUUAUCAUAAUUUAAAAGAAUGCAUUCCAAUAUUUUAGGAUAUUAUAAUGGAGGGAACAGAUUAAAUAGAUCAUGUACAGAAAUCAAUUAUAUAAAAGAGUAAAUAUUAUUACAAACAU